UGACUAGAUGGCGCCAAAGUGCGAACAGAACCCGGAAGUUAACACGAAGGAAAUAGCGUUUUUUAAAAACACAUUUUAUAUUCAGAAUAUAAAAUGCGGCACAUAGAACGCCACAAUCAGCUAAACGUGUAAACGAGAAGGGAAGGGGGGCAUUUUCAUUCAUAUUAAACGUAACUUAUUGGGGGGUGUCUUCUGUCAGACAGGAGGAGGGCUCUUCGAAACGUCUCACCUGCUAACAAACGACUGGACGAGGCGGAUGGAGACGCCACUGUUCGGCUUGAAAAGUCCUAAAAAGUCUCAUUGCAGCGGAAUUAAAGCAACAAGCUGACCUUCUCUGAAGUAAAUGGAGGACCACAGAAGAAAUGCAGCUGGGGGGCUCCACAAUGGGGGUCUUCCUCCCGAGGAAGGAGUUAGCGAGGAGCUGCCAGUAGAGGAGAAGGUACGGGUGGACACUUCACACGUUUUUGAAGAGCAACUAGUCCUGGCUUUGGACGAUGAUGAUGAUGAUGAUGGUGAUGAUGAAAAAGAGGAGCAACCGUCAUCUCCAUGUGUAAACCAAGCACGCAUGCAGUCCAGGAGUGUCCAGUUCUCCCAGCAUGCAACUGUGCCGCCACCUACCAUGAACGACUGCAGCAGCAACCUGACACAGGCAGAUAAUGUGGACUUUAGGUGCGGCAUCAAUGGUGUAACAAGCGACAGCACUGAGACGGACGCUUCCAUUUUCAACGCAGAGGACCGUCUGGUUGCCAUGGAUACGCCCCUACCGCCACCCCUUUCAGUGCAUGCCUGUCCCCUCGCCAUGGACCCCUCCAUCCUCAGUCCCAGCCACGUGUCCCUGCAGGUGGACAGCGAGGACGACGGCGGCACGGAGACGAGAACAUCGCCGCUACUUGUUUGCACUCGCAGCCUCUCCGCCUCCUCAGCGUGUGACCCCGCCUCCAAAGAGCUGGGUGACUCGUCCAUGCGGCUGCGCUCGUAUUCGCAUUCCAAAGUCAGCUUACGCCCCUCUCGCUUUGAGCAGGACGGACACACAUGCAGCACGGAUGGCCCCUCCCAUGGCCUCAGCCACAGUCGGUCUCUGCUUCAGGCCCUCUCUCUGUCUAAAUCUCUGUCCUUGCUGCACCCUGCUAAACAAAAAGCCUCAGAGCAGCCUCAUGAGAAAAGGGAUUUUAGUUCCCGUCAAGGAGCCCGGUCAGCCGAUGACGAGGGUGGCACGGCGCCGGUGGAGUCCCUCCAACAUCUCACCCUGUCCGAGUUCCUCAAAGAAAUUGAAGAGGAGGAGCAGGACAGGUUCAGCAACGUGCCGGCCAAAGCCGAGUCGGAGAAGUACAAGGUCAUCCGCACAUUCAGUUUCCUCAGGAGCAGGAUGUCCAACACCCGCAACAAGACCAAGGCCAAAGGGAAGGAACAGAACACGCAUCGCUUCUCCACAGGCUCCUGUUUGGGCCCUGUCAUGUGUGUGGUGUGCGAUAAGCCCGCUCUGGGGAAAGACCUUCUGCAUUGCCCCACCUGCACCGCCACGGUCCAUAAAAGCUGCAAGGACUCCGUCCCGCCAUGUUUAAAGAAACUUCAGGAGAAGAAUGCGGUUGCCAUGGUGAAGAGCAGGACGGCAUCCCUCCCGCAGAACUUCACGGUGAGAGAGAGUCCUCCUCAAUGCGUGAUGCCCCCCGCCGGCUCUAUCCCUCUCAUGACCUCCAAGGACACCUCAGGUGCUCUGGCUGGAGGCUCGCCCAGCAAUGACAGUCGACUCAGCGGGAGUUCCGAGUCUGAGAUGGAAGAGCGCCAGGGAACUUCCUCUCUCUCCAGCCAGUGGCCCUCAUCAGAAGAUACAGAAUACCACGACCUCGCUGCCGACGUGGCAAAUUAUGAGGCAGAGUCGUGGAGUUUGACAGUGGAUUACAGGUUCUGCAAGAAGCAGGACAAACGAGUCGUCAAGAGACAGGACGUCAUCUACGAGCUGAUGCAAACGGAGCUUCAUCACCUCCAGACGCUGCGCGUCAUGGCCCAGGUGUUCCGCAGAGGCAUGCGGGAGGAGGUGCAGCUCGACGCGGAGGCGGUGGAGCGCAUCUUCCCCUGUCUGGACCAGCUGCUCCUCCUCCAUCACGCCUUCUUCACCGCCAUGAAGGAGCGGCGGCAACGCUCGGCGCAGCCUCCAGGGCACAGGAACUACCUCAUCCAGCGUGUUGGAGAUGUGCUGCUGCAACAGUUUUCAGGCGAGGACGGGGAGAAGAUGCGGCAUGUUUACGGAGAAUUCUGCAGCCGACACAACGAAGCCGUGACGUGGUUCAAAGAGCUCCUGCAAAGCAACAAGAGAUUUCAGAACUUCAUCAAGCAACAAGGUGGUAAUUCCCUGGUGCGACGGAGGGAGAUCCCAGAGUGCAUCUUGCUGGUCACCCAAAGGAUCACUAAAUAUCCUGUGCUGCUGGAGAGGAUCCUUCAAUACACGGCAGGGGACACGCAGGAGCACGUGGACCUGGCCGCAUCCCUGGCCCAUGUCCGCGCGCUGAUAGUGGUCGUGGACCUGCGGGUCAGUGAGUAUGAGCGGCGCCAGCGGCUGCGGGACGUGUGGAGCCGCACGGAGAGCCGCAGCACGGCCAAGCUGAAGAACGGGCGGACGCUUCGCAAGCAGGACAUGAUGGGCCAGACGCUCAAGCAUCAGGGAGCGCUGCUGUGGAAGACGGCCACGGGGAGGCUCAAAGACGUCCUGGCUCUCCUGCUGACAGACUCCCUGGUCUUCCUGCAAGAGAAGGACCAGAAGUACACGUUCGCCACUGUUGACCAGAAGCCGCCCGUCAUCGCCCUGCAGAAGCUGAUUGUUCGGGAAGUGGCCAACGAGGAACGGGGCAUGUUCCUGAUCAGCGCCUCCGCCGCCGGGCCCGAGAUGUACGAGGUCCAUGCUGCGUCCAAGGAUGAGCGCAACACCUGGAUGAGGCUCGUCAGGGAGGCGGUGGAGAGCUGUCCGGAAGAGGAGGACGAGGACACAAGCGAGUCUGAAGAGGAGAAACGGCUUACAGACGCUCGUUUUCAGAAGGUCCAGAAAUUGCAAGAGAACCUGAUCAGCCAGGACCAGCAGAUCUGCUCCAGCCUGGAGGAGAAGCUGCAGAUGUACGCUGCGCUCUCGGCCUUGAGCAGGCAGGACGAAGCGUCGCUUGACGAGCCGCGGCUGCUGGUGCGUCCAUCUCCUGAGGAGCUGCCGCAGGCCGCCGUGCUGCUAGCGGCCGCUGUGCAGGAAGCCGAGAACCUGAAAGCUACCUUGAAGUCCAGAUCUUUAUCCGUGCGCAGCUGGGACUCUGGUAGAGACUCCGCCUACUCUGUCAGUCCUGCGACACCUCCAGAACCGCCUUCUAACCACAAGGACUCACCCGGGCCCCCACAGGCCGCUGAGGGGAGUUGGACUGGGACCACUGAGCUUCUAUCGUCGAUUUACUUGCAAAGAACAAAUGAGGACUCAAAGAUUGCUCGCAGUGUUCAGAGCCUCACACAACUGCUCUACAGUCUACAGGCCGCGGUGACCAUCCAGGACAGCUGCUACGAGCUCCAGAGCUUCCUCCUCAGAGAAGACGGCCGGCCUUUGCCCCGCGCAUCACGGCGCCAGCACACCUCGCAUGAACAAGAGAAACGGCGCCACCUGGAGAAGAGGAAGGAAGAGGCGGUUUCCACUCAACGCCUCCACGAGCGCCUCCGUCAGGACCGGGAGCGCUGGGCAAGGGAGUGCCAUGCCCGGGAGAGUCAGCUGGGCGACAAGGAGAGCCGUGUGGAGGAGAGGGAGCGGCAGUGCCACCUGGAGGCGGAGAGGCUGAGGCGCCAGCGGGAUGAGCUGGAUGAGCAGCUGGAGGAGUACCAGCAGAACCUGGAGAGGCUCCGCGAGGGCCAGAGGAGCGUGGAGAAGGAGCGGGAGCGCCUGGAGAACCGCAGGAAAGUUCUCCAGACGUGGAGGCACAGUCGGCAGAGGAGCCUGCCCAACACCGUCCCUCACAUGGUCAUCCCUCUGGACGGGCAGCAGGACACGACGGCGAGCCUGUCCUGUGAUCAUGCCGGAAAUGGUUCCAUCUUCUUCAACGAGGCGCCGUUGGCCGGCAGCAGCAGCAACGGCGGCGGAGGAGGAGGAGGAGCCCCGAACAACCGCCACCGCAAAGGCAGCGAGGCCAGAGCACACAACUGCCUCAACGCGCUGCUGGCCAGGUCCAACAGCAGACCGGCCUCCGUGAACCUGGACGGCCAGUUGUGGAGGACGGGGCGGGGCUACAUGCUGGGAUUGGACACGCCUUCUGAUCACAGCCGCACGGUGGAGAUGUGGCCAAACCGUCCCCCCAACCCGCAUCCGGAGCUGGGCCACCUGGUUUCCAUGGAGACGGACAGCGGCGGUGAGGACAGCCCGGAGGAAAGCAUCGUGUACCUCUGAAUGAGAAACCAACACGGACGUCUGACAAAGUAUUUAUUACCAGUACGCCUUCUUGUGGGAUUGUUUUAGAGCCCUGCAGAUAAUGUUACGUAUUCAAGGCGUGUGUUGAACGCGUCUGCGUGAUCUCCAGCAGGUUCCUGCAGCCUCCUCAGGUCAGCGUCCUCUGCACUUUUUUAAAAUGUGCCACAUCAGUCCAACUGCCUUCAUAAUGCAUCAUGCAGUAUCUCCUCCUAUAGCGAGCUGGAGGCCUUUAUUUUAAGUAGUCUGCGUUUUAAGGCUCCAUUCACUCAAUACUGGCUAAAUGCUGGCCAAUUUUCCAAUUUAUUAUUAUGUUCCAUUAUUAUUGUAUUUCUUUGCACAAGGUAUGACUUUCCUAAGUGAUAUCCAUCUAAUAUACAUAAAAACACAUUUUAACUAUAAUGCAGUUUAUGUGUAAUCAUGUAGUAUUUCCAAGUAUCUCGGUAAGUAGCAGGGGAGGCAAGUGCAGAUCAUCAAAGACUCGUUCCUCCCUUUAAACAUGAUGAUCAUGAUGUACUAUAUGUAAGUAUGUACUGUAUGCAAUGUAUAUAAGGCUAUUUAUUUAUCCUUAGGGCUUUACAUGUUAUGUGUGUGUGUUUUUUGUUGUCACGCAUGUUCUUGAUGGUACUGAUAAAGUGGACUUUUGUUGCAACGGCGGGGCUCGUUUUCCACUGAUUUGAAACCGGAUGCCGCGGCCGUCCAGGAGGUUGAUAAGCAAACAUUUUGAGUCGGGCAGCCAGCCAGCCAGCCAGCCAGCCAGCCAGUGAGCAAGCGGCGCAGACGUGCAGUUGCCAGCGGUGACAGGUGGAGCAGCAGGUGCGGCAAUAUCACAGCACAACACGCACAUCGACAGUGGAUAAACAUGACAGGAGACUAAACUUAUUUUUCAAUGUAACAUCAUUUCCCAAUAGACAAUAACUGAAGCAGAAUUUGUCUGUUUCGGGAUCAAGCUGUGGUCGCCAUAGAACCUCUUACAUGCGCAGGCGAUGUGUUGGGUUACAUUUUCGGCUUUCUUACAAGUGUAAAAGAAGCAGGUCUCCAGUGCUCUACAAGGUUGGGGCCAAGAAGAAGCUGAUGUCAGCCAUGACUCCAUGAAGAGUCAGGAUGCGGGACUGACAUCAUUCCCUGCAUCACCGCUUCCAUUUGCUGCCCAAUUAUUGACGUGUUUCCCAGCGGCCCUCUUCCUGUCGUACUUGAGCGCCGCAGCGAGCGAGAAGGAAUGAUGAGCCUCCUCGGCGCAGGAUGACGGCCUGACUUCUCAGAAAGUGGAUGAUGCGGAGAGGUGGUCCUGAUGAGGCGGCGCUGGGAUGCGUCAUGGUCCCACACCGCCUGAUGGUGUCCGCGGGGGACCCUGCUUGCAGCAUCCAGCGUGACCUUGCAUUCUGCCGACAGCAGCUUGAGCUGAUGUGAUGUUCUAAAGUGCACCCCCUUGCCCAACAUGGGGCCCCCAAUGGAUGUUGGGGCCCGACAUAGAGCAUGUGUUCUGCGUGUAGAGAGAAAUUGCACAGUUCUCUGCAUAUUGUCAACAAUAUUGACCUGUGACCCCAGUGUUGGAGCCGCAUCUUUUUCCACUGCGGGGGCCGAGCGUGAAGACGAGAACCCCAGAACACCGCCGUCGUGCCGCAACUGUCGAGGUCCACGUAGCCUCCCCAGCUGAGGGUGGCGGCGGCGGCGGGGUGCCUUCAUGACAGCUGUCCCCGCCUAGCAAAGGCAACACUGGGGCCUUGUGCUCGACUCCCUCCACUCGUCCACCGUGUCGUCUCCCUUCCCGGGAAGGAUGGCAGCUCGUAAAACUGGUGGAGGAAACAUCUCGCCUCCGCCAACAGGAGACGCAUCUCAUCCCAGAUAUCCAUCUCCAACCAGCCGUGGCUUGUUAACUGGAACAAUUGAUUUCUCUCCAGCUCUCUGGCCGCAUGCACGUAUUUGUCUCGAGGCGCAGUGAGAAGCAGGAAUCAUGUUGAGGAAUGCAGCCGCAGUUUCUUCGUUGAUUUUGAGGGCACCUUGCAUGCGGAUGACCCUAGACACCAUUCACUUGAAUCAACUUCAAACGAGGUGUGGGGCAAAGACAAGCAAACUUCCCUGGUCGAUGUUGCCAGGAAACCACACAGAAGAAGCUAAUCCAAUUAAAUGUGCAACAGUCAGCGUGCGUCCCGCCAUGCACUCAUACAUCUUCACUCCCUUCGCCAGCGUAGCAGCCUGCUACUCGCAUGGGACUACACUAUACGACUAUCAUUAUUUUCGAAAUGAUGUUACUAGUACGGCUGCACAGUGGUGGAGUGGUUAGCACAGACCUGGGUUAGAUUCUCCACUUGGCAUCUGUGUGGAGUUUGAAUGUGUCAUUAUUAUUUUUUGUAUUUUUUAAUUGAAUUGAAUUUUAUUUGUAUUCAUUUGUAAUUACAUUUUACAUUUGUAAGAUUGUUUUUUGUUUCUUUUACAAUUUUUACAUUUAGUAUAUAUAUUAUUUUAUUUACUUGGACUUUUUUUUUUUAAUCGACCCACCCAGAAUAAAUCUGUGAUCCACUUUUGGCUCCCGACCCACCAGUUGAGAAGCACUGUUGUGUUAGAUAACGUAGCACUGCUAUUACGAUGCCAGUCCACAAGGGGGAACCGCGUACGAACGUGACGAUAAAUCUACAUUGAUAACGGCUAGCUGACGUGUGCCAUCUUCGUGCUAUUUAUCACAGGGCAGGCUCAAGGCUGAAGGCAGUAUAACCUCCAUGAAACACGACCACUAUCUUGGAACCCACCCUUACACUCCAGACGUUGCCGGAUGAAAUGCACCGCACUGCGACCUAUGACCCCGUCCCGCCCGGCGUUCCUGUUUUCCCGCCUGGCGACCCCGCUCAGAAGGCAAGAGCAGGGGAGGGGUGGCGUGGUGACAUGGAUGCAGUAAAAAGCCUCACCUCUUUGGGGGAAAGCAGGAGUUCAACCUCGCCUGUGGAAUCCCUCAGACAUGCCCGUGGUGGGAGAGCCACGAUGCCGCCGUGCUCUCCUGGCUUCUCCUGGAGCAAAGCAGCUGAAUCUCC